UCCUCCCUCCAGAACACAGCUCUUCCCUAUGGGCGUGUCCUCCAUCCACAGCGCGGCUCUUCGCGGGUGUACAGCUUAGAGCGGGCAGAGUCAUGGCGAAUGAAGGAGUGAGGGUGGUCCGAGCUCUGCUAGACCCGCAGCUAUUCCGAAAUCCCCGAGUCCUGUGUAACCUCCUAGCCCAGGAGAGGCGGCAAAGGGCGGAGAGUGCAGGCGACCGGUGUCAUCAACCUGAAGUCACCGAAGACAUGCAAGAGAUCCUGGCCCACUGGAUACUGGAGGUGUGUGAGGACCAACAAUGUGAAUAUGUGGUAUUCCCUCUAGCUAUGAGCUACAUACGAAAAUGCUUAUCUUUGUUUCCAGUGGAAAAAAGAAAUUUACAGCUGCUUGGUACAGUGUGUGUCCUGCUGGCCUCGAAGAUGAAGGAUAUGGUUCCAAUAAAAGUUGACACUCUAGAGUUGUAUACAGCUUGCUCUGUUGCUGCUACUGAGAUCAGGGAGUGGGAAGUGAAUAUACUUUAUUUCUUGCACUGGGACUUGGAAAUUAUAAUAUCUCUUGACUUUCUGGACCAUAUUUUGGAAAGACUGUUGCUAUCCACAACCAGCCGUGUCUCACUUACAAGACAUUCUCGAAUAUUUUUGACAUUUUGUGCACUUGACAAUAACAUUGCAGCAUUUGCUCCAUCAGUGAUUGCCGCAGCAUGUGUUGCUACAGCAUUGCUCAGACUAGGGCUACAUCUAAACUCUGCAGAGGACCUCAUUAUAUAUUUGGCAGAACUUAUUCAAGCUGAUACAUCUGAAUUGCAGAAUUGCCAAAGAAGGAUUGAGCCUGCUUUAACUAAAGCUGUGGAGACCUCAUACAAGUAUCGCAUUCACCUUACUGAAACAAUGCAAGAACUACCUCAUAUCUCAGUAGUACACAAUUAAAGUGGCACUAGGGUACAUUUUACUCUUUUUAGUUUGGAUAGACUAGGUAAGAAUUAGAACUUCUGUCAGGUCUUCAUUGAUAUCCAGGUUUCUACUAGGGUCUUUCGGGGACCAGUGUAGCUGGAAGAGAAAGUGAGGGGGAUCUUAACUGAGACAUAGCCUGACAGGAGUUCUAACCUAUGUUAAAAAUAUAUACAGUAAAACCUUGGUUUGUGAGCAUAAUUUGUUCCAGA